UCAGGUGGGAGGAAUAAAAUUAGAAAUAACGCUGUUAUUAAAGGGAAUAAUUGCGAGCGUCGGUGGUAAUUAACCGACGGGUGGCGACGCCCCCGGGGGUGGGAGUACCUUCUGGUAAUGAAUAUUCGUAAUGGUCCGGCGCAUUAAUAUCGAGCUCCCUUGAUGAAUAUUCCUAUUAGACCCCCCGAUUCCUCGGAGUUUCGAAAUCCACGGUUCCGGAAGUGGGAACGAGCUUAGCCUCGUGAGUGCGCGGAUGUUAUCGGGGUUAUCGAGUGAAGGAAAGAAAGUUCGGCGAGGGACCAGCGGAUAAAGAGGAGGAAGACCAGAGGCUAAGAGGAGGAAGAGGACCACCGAAUAAAGGAGAGGAAGAGGACCAGCGAUAGGCCAGAGCGAUCCAGGAACGCGGCACUGGUGAGCUUAUCCCGGAGUCGUUCAUCCCGUCACGACUUAGCAGGAGGCGACAUGGAUUGGUUGAGAGGAAAAAUUUUUCUCAAACCCGAUGACCAGCUUCAGCUGAGUGAAGAUGAACUGAAGGAAGAAUAUGCAAGAGUGUUAAUGACGCACAAUACAAGAGUUCCGGAUUCAUUAGUAGAAUGGUCAUGGAAGCUCCGAGAUUUUGUACUUUUACCCAAUCCUCCAAACUUGAUAACACUGCUCAGUAUCCCUGGUACAUUACUGCUAAAAGACUCAGAGGAAGCAAAAACUCAAAUGGCAGGUGGGAUCGUCACAGAAACUGAGAAACCAUCCGAACCUGAAGACACCGAAGAAGGAAAAGCAGAUGAAGGUGUGACGGAAAAGGAAGACGAAGGAGAAGAAAAAGAAGGCGAAGGGGAAGAGCAGGUUAAAGAAGGUGCCGAAGGAGAGCCUGAAGCUGACGAAGAGCCUGAAGGUGAAAAAUCUGCACCGAAGAAGUUACCAAACCAGUUUAACUUCUGUGAGAGAGGAGCACUGACCUAUAACAAUCCAUCUCGCGAUAUGUGCACACAAACAGUACCACCGCCAACGGGAACUUUCAACUCGCAUGUUUUUCAGUGGAUUAUUUUCGAUGAGUACCAAGAAGACUUUGCGCAACAACAAAAGGAAAAAGAAAAGGAAAGGAAGGCGCCAAUGAUACAACCGAAAAAAGACGAAUCAAAGAAAAAGUCCCAAAUGGAAGCACUGGCAGUAUCGGAGAGGAUGCUGCAAGCUGCGAAGACCUUGGAGAGGAUGGUAAAUCAGAACAUAUUUGAUGAUAUUCUACAAGAUUAUAGGUAUUGGGACGAUCCAAGUGAUGAGUUUAAGGAUGGAGAAGGUUCACUUCUACCUCUGUGGAAAUUCAGCUACGAGAAGACUAAAAAACACGACAUCACAGACUUGUGUUUCAACAGUCGAUACUAUGACUUCUUCGCUGUAGCUUACGGAGCAAUGUCAUUUGACAGCCCAGUGACAACAGGAACGGUGUGCCUCUUUAGUUUGAAAAACCCAUCGUACCCUGAAUGGAUAUGCAUAACAGAAUCCCCGGUGAUGUGUCUGGACUUUAGCAAACAACAUCCACACCUUCUGGUUAUCGGUACCAUGGAUGGAUCGGUAGCAGUGUACAAUGUUAUGUUACCCCCAAACUCACCGCAAUAUAAAAGCAACGACGUUCUUCAGAAACAUAGAGGAAUUGUGUGGGAAGUACGAUGGGCUCCUGAUACGGACGAAGGAAAUUUGAUGUUUUACAGUGUCAGUACAGAUGGUAAAAUAAACCACUGGAUUUUAAAUCAAAAUGAUCUUGGUAUGAAUACUAUAAUGACUCUGUUCCUUGAUAGACCUCCCAUACCAGGACCAGACGGUACGAUGAUUACAUUAAAAGGGUGCGGAACGUGUCUUGCAUUUCAUCCAGCAGACAAUAACAUUUUCUUGGUCGGAACAGAGGAAGGAUCGAUUUACAAAUGCAACACUGCGUAUAGUAGCAUAUACAUGAAGACAUACGACGAAGCUCACGACAUGCCUAUCUACAGAAUAGUUUUUAAUAAAUAUAAUUCAAACAUAUUUGCAAGCUGUUCCGGAGAUUGGAGAAUCAAGAUAUGGGAAGAUGACCGACCGGAGCCUCUGUUCAUGUUCGAUCUUGGUGUACCGAUUGGUGACGUACAAUGGGCACCUUACAGCUCGACGGUACUUGCCUGUGUAACAAACGAUGGCAAAGUUACGGUAUUCGAUUUAAAUGUUAACAAAUACAGGCCAAUCUGUUCUCAGCCGAUUGUAAGUAAAAAGAAGAAUAAACUAACGAGGCUGCAGUUCAACGACGUGUUGCCGUUCAUCAUUGUCGGCGAUGACAAAGGUACGGUAAGCGCGAUGAAAUUGUCACCAAAUCUGCGCAUAAAAGUUAAACCGACGAAAAAGCAACUUCAUUUAACACCAUUUGAGUUGGAGAGCAUGAAACUAGAAAGAUUAUUAAAUUAUGUGAGGGAGCCUUCCUUCUUUGCUGCCUCUGAAAAUCCUACAUCGAACAAAGCAGAGAAAUAGAUCACUUCAAUGCCUUAAGAAAUGCAAAUCAGUUGAUCGGUAACAAUGAUACACUUUAUUGAAGAAAAUUUCCUUAACACGUGUUCUGGCUAAGAAACAUGCCAGAACGAUCUAAAUAAAUUCUGGUAUUAACCUUGAUAUAUACAUAUACAUAUAUAUUGAGUUCUUUAUAUAUUAUUUAAGCAUAAAGCACUUUUUAUAUUAUAUAUAGUAAAGUAUUCUUGAAUUUAUUUUCCAAGUAUAAAUAACCAAGUUUACCCUAUACAUUCACUUCGGACAAUGUAUUAUACGUAUAUUUACGCUUUUACUACUUUGUCGAACUAUCUACAAAGAUCAUUUCUUAACGCACUUCUUUUGAUUUUCUUCGAAAAAUGUAAAAUAUAUCACAUUAUUAAAGGAAUCUGUUACUGAGCCGUA